AAAACCCUUAACCCAAAGACCUAGCAUGAGUGGGGCGUGGAAAGCGAGACAGACUCCAGUGGAAGGCUGUGGGGCGGGACUCAGGGUUCCCGGAGAGGCCGCCCUAGCUCCUGCCGCAGCGCUGGGCGCCCUACCACGCCUGCUCCCUAGGGACCCCGGGCGUCCCACGCACGCACCCACCCUCCUUCCCGGGCCUGCCGCUCCUCCCUCCUUCCUCGCUGGUUGGCCCAGGCGCUGCAGAGCGCGGCGGCAGCAGGAGGAGCCGGGCGCGCCUGCCACGCAAAACCACCGGGCUGGCAGGGCUGCAGGCGCGGUGCGCGAUCCCGGGUGGCGGCGGCAACGGCGGUGGUGACGGUGGCGACUGCAGCGGCCAGCUCUCACCUCUCCCCUGUGCACCCGCAUCUCGCCGCGCCGCCAAGCAGCCAGCAGUCCCCGGGUCGCCCAGCCCACGCGCGCACGGCCGAGCCCAGCGCACAAUAGCGGCGACAGCCAUGGGGAAACCGGCGAGGAAAGGAUGCGAGUGGAAGCGCUUCCUGAAGAAUAACUGGGUGUUGCUGUCCACCGUGGCCGCGGUGGUGCUAGGCAUUACCACAGGAGUCUUGGUUCGAGAACACAGCAAUCUCUCAACUCUAGAGAAAUUCUACUUUGCUUUUCCUGGAGAAAUUCUAAUGCGGAUGCUGAAACUCAUCAUUUUGCCAUUAAUUAUAUCCAGCAUGAUUACAGGUGUUGCUGCACUGGAUUCCAACGUAUCCGGAAAAAUUGGUCUACGCGCUGUCGUGUAUUAUUUCUGUACCACUCUCAUUGCUGUUAUUCUAGGUAUUGUGCUGGUGGUGAGCAUCAAGCCUGGUGUCACCCAGAAAGUGGGUGAAAUUGCGAGGACAGGCAGCACCCCUGAAGUCAGUACGGUGGAUGCCAUGUUAGAUCUCAUCAGGAAUAUGUUCCCUGAGAAUCUUGUCCAGGCUUGUUUUCAGCAGUACAAAACUAAGCGUGAAGAAGUGAAGCCUCCCAGCGAUCCAGAGACGAACAUGACAGAAGAGUCCUUCACAGCUGUCAUGACAACUGCAAUUUCCAAGAACAAAACAAAGGAAUACAAAAUUGUUGGCAGCUAUUCAGAUGGCAUAAACGUCCUGGGCUUGAUUGUCUUUUGCCUUGUCUUUGGACUUGUCAUUGGAAAAAUGGGAGAAAAGGGACAAAUUCUGGUGGAUUUCUUCAAUGCUUUGAGUGAUGCAACCAUGAAAAUCGUUCAGAUCAUCAUGUGUUAUAUGCCACUAGGUAUUUUGUUCCUGAUUGCUGGGAAGAUCAUAGAAGUUGAAGACUGGGAAAUAUUCCGCAAGCUGGGCCUUUACAUGGCCACAGUCCUGACUGGGCUUGCAAUCCACUCCAUUGUAAUUCUCCCGCUGAUAUAUUUCAUAGUCGUACGAAAGAACCCUUUCCGAUUUGCCAUGGGAAUGGCCCAGGCUCUCCUGACAGCUCUCAUGAUCUCUUCCAGUUCAGCAACACUGCCUGUCACCUUCCGCUGUGCUGAAGAAAAUAACCAGGUGGACAAGAGGAUCACUCGAUUCGUGUUACCCGUUGGUGCAACAAUCAACAUGGAUGGGACCGCGCUCUAUGAAGCAGUGGCAGCGGUGUUCAUUGCACAGUUGAAUGACCUGGACUUGGGCAUUGGGCAGAUCAUCACCAUCAGUAUCACGGCCACAUCUGCCAGCAUCGGAGCUGCCGGCGUGCCCCAGGCUGGCCUGGUGACCAUGGUGAUUGUGCUGAGUGCCGUGGGCCUGCCCGCCGAGGAUGUCACCCUGAUCAUUGCUGUCGACUGGCUCCUGGACCGGUUCAGGACCAUGGUCAACGUCCUUGGUGAUGCUUUUGGGACGGGCAUUGUGGAAAAGCUCUCCAAGAAGGAGCUGGAGCAGAUGGAUGUUUCAUCUGAAGUCAACAUUGUGAAUCCCUUUGCCUUGGAAUCCACAAUCCUUGACAACGAAGACUCAGACACCAAGAAGUCUUAUGUCAAUGGAGGUUUUGCAGUAGACAAGUCUGACACCAUCUCAUUCACCCAGACCUCACAGUUCUAGGGCCCCUGGCUGCAGAUGACUGGAAACAAGGAAGGACAUUUCCAUGAGAGUCAUCUCAAACACCGCUUAAGGAAAAGAGAAACACUAAUGGCCAAGUGUACAUUUGAUUUGAUAUACAGACCUCCAGAUUAUUUUCUAUAUUUGGAUUCACAGCCUUUGCGCUCUGGGUUUUGGGAUUUGGGUGUGGGGUAAGAUGAAGGGAAAUCAAUUUAAAAGAAAGUUCUAUUAUCUGGGUUUUAGAAAUUCUAUAAGAGACAAAGUUUGGAAGUACAUAAAGUAAUAACUGUUAGAAUUAGGUAAUGGAUAUGAAAGAGAAAAUGCUUUCUCAUGCACAGACAAAUGUUUUGGGUUUUUAAAAAAAAAAUUCUGUCAUUGGUUACAAAUUUUUACUCAGGCUUUCUAUUGGCAUGGAUUUCCUUUGACCUCUCACUUUUUUAUAAAUUAUAAUGCAUCUAAACCACCUGUCCCCAGUUAAUGUGCCAAAAUGUCAAUUUUUAACUUAUCUCCAGCCAAUUUCAAAGAAAACAGACCAGCAUAGUUCUGCAAUAACAGUUUUAAGAUGGGCAUAGGGUUUGGAAGAAAGGGAGAAGGAUUCUUUUUUCAAUGUACUGUAUUGGGACGCUGGUAACUGUUAACCCAGUGUUCAGCGUAGAGCUAUAUAUAUAUAUAUGUAUAUAUUUAUUAUUUUCAUAUAAUUUGCCAGACAGAGAUCAGAAUUGAACCGUCAAUGUGAAAUAAAGAGUUCUCCUUUUACUUGAAUAAUAACCACAAUUCCAACCCAGGUCUGCUUUGGGGCUUAUCAGAACUCCUUUCUCAGGAGCACUAGAAUGAGAAAUCAUGUUGUUCGAUCAUUUCACAUCUGUAUAUCAGCUCUAAAGCAGAGAUGUAUUAUGGUGAUACUCCAAGGUGGCAUAGCCAUUCAUUUACAACUUCCAGAUUUGAGCUGCCUGGAGGGAAUCCAUAUCAGCUCUGCAUAAGAUUAUAUACAAAGCUGUCACUCACAAAAGGCUGGAUGUGCUUUCAUCCAACUGGAAGGCUUUAUUCUUCCAAGUUCAUUCAUACUCAAAGAGGCCAGUACUUUGCCAUUCUUGCACUUCUGUUAUCAGGGCCCAAAUAACAGUGGCAAGCUACCAACUAAGUUGUAUUUUAAUAAAGAUUCCAUGGGUUGAACAAGCCACGUUGCAGAAAAAGAGCUUCCCCUAACCUGGGUUGUUGCAGAGUAAAUCCCACGACAUAAACUGGUAUCAGUGGUUCGGGGGAAAUAGUUCCAUUCUAUGACUCUUGUCUCCUCCUCCAGGAGGACUGUUCUAACUAGUAAUCUUGGCCCUAUUCAUUACAUCCUCUGCUUGUCAUUCUGCUAAUUUAUGAAGAUAGUUUAUUAUAGUCUGUACUUCAGUUCUCAUCUUGUAAAUAAUGCUUAACAUAAACUUGUACUUACACUGAAAUCCAAAAUAGUCAUGUUUCUGCAGUAUUCUGUAGCCAACUUAAACCUGUGCUUUCAUGUUUAAGAAAUGAGAAAUUGUGCCAAAGAUAGCAGAAGAGUAAAUAAGUGCUCAGUAUUGACGACCUACAUCUGAAAUCUACAACAUAAUGAUACUGAAUUGUUACAUAAACAUCAUAAAUAGUAAAUAAUGAUUCAAUGUGAAUUUUAAAAUGCAAAUAUUGCUAUUGUUUAUAGGAAAUAAAUCUAAAUAUAAAUGAAAUUGAAUCAGUAAUUUCUCUUGGGCUAAAUGGUUCUACCCCUUACUAGGUUGCCCCAAUUAGUGGCACUAGUUGGCAGAGCUGUUCAUGAGCUGCGAGUUAUCAUUUUGGAGUCAGUUUGUAACCAGCCUCUUAACACACUGCUGUUAACUCAUAAAAGAGAAGAGUGUUCCGUUUCAGUCUCAAUAAACACUUCCCUCAUUCUUUC